ACGGAGCGUACCCGGGUUCAACUGAAUCGCAAAUGUCGAACUCACUCCCGGACCUCCAUAGCCAUCUCUCUCAAUUAGCAAAGCCAAUUCUCGACUCGCUCUUGAAAACGCCAUAUACUCCUGAAGAAGCCACAAAAAUCUCCACCAAAUCGACGCUGGAAUCUCUCCUCUCGACAAAAUCAUCGGUCAAAGACUUCUCCUUAGCGUGCGCAUUACUCUCCUCUUCUCGCUCCUCCACUCACGAGCUUCUCGCGUGGAUCCCCAGCGACCUUUCCACCGCCGCCGAAGCAGCCUUUUCCGACCUCUCGAAAGCUUACAAUGACGCCCUUCCGGCGGAUGAGAAGAUAAAUUUGGCGGGGCAUUUGAUGCCGGAAAUCGUGCCGGUUUUGAAGGAGAAGAUUAAGGAGAGCUCGAUUAAUAAGAGUGAUGAAGAAGACGAAGUUUCUGCCGCAUCGGCUAGGGCUCCCGUGGGGUUCGCUAUUUUGGCUGCUUAUCAGUUUAGAUGGUUCGUUUCUCAGGUUGAGUAUCCAAAUUUAGGUAAAAUGGUUAAUUUGGUUGUUCCUUGUGCAUUGACUUGUCUUGAUCACUGGUCACCCGAGGUGAAAGGGCAGGGGAUGAUUAGUUUCAUACAUGUAGCAAAAAAUGUGAAUGCACCUGAGCUUGGUUGGUAUGGAGAUGUGAUUCUUGAUGCCUGCUGCCAGAACAUUGCUUCUAGUGAUGAGAUAUGGCAGUAUGUAGUGGAGAUGUCGGUGCUACUCGUGACUUGCAUUCAAGGAGAUAAUCCCCGUAGCUCAUGGUUUGAGAAGAUGCUAAAUGAGAUGUUGAGUCAUUUAGAGCGGCAACCAAGGAAUAAGGAGCGAUGUAUUGCAUGGCUUCAAUUUAUUGAGCCAAUCUUCAAUGCUAUUGGCCUUGUGUUAUUAGCCCAUUUUAGGCGCAUUUUCCCACUUUUCUUCCGGUGGAUGCAUGUUGAUGAUGAAACAGUUCUACUGGUUCUCAAACGGGUCCAAACAGUUAUUAGGUUAACAUGGAUACGGAACACACCAUAUAUUGAUAGAUUGGUAGAUGAACUUAUUGUAUUAUUCAAAGAAGCAGCACUGAGAACGGCACGUGAUGAAAUUAGAACAGAUAUUCUUGAUAUACUGAUCAUGCUUCAGCAAUGCAAAGGUCAACAGUUUGAAACAGCCUGGGACAAGCACAAAGAUGAUCCAGACUUGACCACCCUUGCCCGUAAUCUAUCAAGCGAACCAACGUUGAAAGAAGAGAGCGAUACCAGCUGUGUGGCCGUCCUGGGGGUUCGGAACUGUUGAGAAUUCAAUGAGAUAUAUUUUCCCAUGUAUGUUUUAACUUUCAUAUAGUUUGAGAGUAAGCUCAUGAGCUUUAGCUGCUCCUCCUUCCUGCAAUUCUUGAACUACAGAGGGUUCUACUUGGCUCCCAAGAUUGAAGAGGAGGUUACUGGACCUAAAGUGAAGGUCAAGCGAAAAGUAGAGAGAAAACCUAAGAUGAAGAUCAAACCUGGGAGGAGAUUGAAUCGAAGAGGGCAGUGAAAUAAAGUUGGAGACGAUUGGAAAGGAUGAUGAAAAUGAGACAAAGGUGGAGACCAAGCCUAAGCCUGAGAUAAAGCCUAAAGAGGAGACAGAAACUGAUGCAACUAAGCCUCAAGUAGAAGCCAAGGCGGAGGUUGAAGUUAUAGAUGUUGAGUAGCUGCGUCUGACUAUAGAUUACCUCCAUCAUCCAACUAUCACAGAAAUUUUUUGUAUAAUCUCCGUACAGUGUUUUGGGAUUGAGGAUGUGCAGAUGUUCGUAACUUAGCGAUUGAUAUGUAUGGAACAAUGGUUUUCCAAUAGUUUGUGAAUACAAAGGAUGAUUUGGAAAUUCUUAUCAUUC